AUGGGGAUGGAUUGGUCAUAUGCUCCGGAAACCAGCAUCGAAUAUCACCAGGCAGGCUCUGACAUGGAACCCACAAGGCAGAAGAAAAAGAGGCCGCCCAAAGAGCACAUGGCGAAGGGACCUCCAGGGAGAAAUGUUGCCGAAUUCGCCGAAACUAUUCAGAGUUCAACAUUGCAAAGAAUAUACACAGCGGACCGAGCCGUGGAUGGGAACACUGGGAAGAAGUUUUUCCAGGACACGUGUGCACACACCAGCUGCAAUGACCAUGACCCUCACUGGACUGUAUGUCUGCAACAGCAGCACACCAUCAACUCCAUUACCAUCCACAACCCAGAUAAAGCACGAGGUCGCCUGAAGAACAUAAAGAUAGAAGUGUUCCAAACGAAUCCUAGAAAAACUGGUGCGAUUGCACAACUCUGUGCAGCUAUAGGUCCCACACCCGCUCUUGAUGGAACUUCGGUGACUCUGCUCUGUCCAAACGGUACAAGAGGUCAAUACAUCAGAAUCAGCAAGACUGUCAUGCAACAAGGCAAUUGGUGGCAACGAGGCAGGCGGUGGAAGAAUAACAAAUGCGAUGCACUACUUCUUUGUGAAGUCGAGGUGGUUGGGACACCAUAUGUUGACUGCCCUAAGGGUUUUGAACGCUUUCAGGAUUCUUGCUAUCACUUCUCUGAUGAUGAUGACGUCGAGUCCUGGUUUCAAGCGCGGAUUUCCUGUCAGACCAUUGGAGCCGAUCUGGCCGUUAUUGAAAGUAAAGAUGAAAAUGAUUUCAUUGCGGCAAAAAUAUUGGCCCUGGCUGGUAAUAAUAAUAACUGGUCCUUUUUUGCGGGACUACACAAGCUGAACGAUCAAAUGACGUGGAUGUGGAUUGAUCCUAACGCAGUGAUGGGUGUCCCGUCAGGACAACCUAAUGCACUAAACCCAUUCUCCGACUGGCGUGAUGGCCAGGGUGAUGACACAGAUGAUCAACACUGCCUGACAUAUUUCAAAGACAACCUUAAAUUUACAUGGGAUCAUGACGAAUGCUGUCAUAGCCACCGAUAUAUUUGUGAGAUCAGCCCGACCUUUCCACAGCCUCGUUGCCGCGGGUGUUUCCGGUAGAUCUAAUUAAUAAAAGAACCUGGGUCCGUACUUAUAAAACUUUCAGAGCCCAGACACAAUCUCCGUUGAUACAAUUUGUAUGGCGUUGUCAUGACAUUAGUGUUUCAGACUCUAUUAGAGUCUCGAGUCUAGACUCUAAAAGUUUUAUAAACUCCAGGCCUGUUCGUCUACACGAUGUCGUCUUUUUCCUGUCCUGGACGAAAGAGUCAUUCACAAAAUAUGGACCUUAUUUGAUAAAUAAACUACAA